GCUGCCGGCGGAGCCGGAGGGUGCUGGGAGUCCCUCGUGCAGCUGAGAUGCCCGCGGAGCUGCCUCGGGGACAUCCCAGGCCAGGGACCAGCUGAGGGAUGGGAAUCGCCUCCAGCGUUCUUGGAAUGUUCUGUAGUAACUGGAUAUGACAUUACUGUCUGCCCCAGCCCAAAGGCAGGCACAACUAUGGUUAACAUCUGGAUGAAUUAGACUGAAAACAGACAUCCUCUGGGUGAACUGGACAUUGCCCCUUGCCCAGCCAGUGCCUCUGGAUCCAUCCUUGUCCAGAACUGGAGCUGCAGCAGGAGUGUUUGCUCUCAUGGCAGGUUUGUCUGUGGGAAACAACUCCAGCAUGGAGAAAUUGGAAUCUGCAGCCUGUUCUGUCAGCACCUCCUGGGCUGCAGUGGCAGAGACAUCCAUAAAGCUACUGGGAAUAGUUUUAUACUGUGACAGAAGAAACCAUAUGUAGUACCAGAAACCCACAAAUCUUCAAAGAUAGGAUGACUUGGUGGCAUUUUGCAGCCAGACAGCUGUCACUCAUAAAUCUGAGUGAGCAUCAGCUCUCCCAGAGCUCUGAUAAAGCUGGAAAAGGCAAGUUCUGACCCAUGCAGUGCUGGGAAUACACUGGGUUUGGGAUGUGUGGCAGUUGGUGGAGCUGUCUGUAAUAAACACUCAGACUUUUCUAAUUACAGGCUGUUAAUCAUGGACAUGUUGUUAAAACUCUGCUUGCACAGGUUGCCAACCAACUUCUACCAACCCACAGGGCUCUGCACUCAAACCACUCAGUAGUGCAAGGAGAUGCUGAACUGGAUUUCAUCUGUUUAGAGCCUGACUUGCUGCCUAAGCUGUGGGAAGCUCAAUGCAGUAUGUCAGGGGGACUUGGAGAAUUUUAUUUUUCUCUGAUGUUUCUUGGAUGGCCUUGCUGGCAAACAGUCAACAGUGGUUUACAAUGAAAAUACUGCAAGCCUGUCUGGAAUGUGCACGUUGUAUUCCAGCCUUGCCAGAGCAUUUCUGAGGCCCAGAGACAGCGCAGUCCCUGAGGGAGCUCCACCACCUCCCUGAGAACAAUAAUGGCCUUGUUCUUGUUAGAUGUUAUUGGAAUGUGACUACAGAGAAAAAUGUUCUUUUCUAACGACUCGGUUGUGGACUUUUGAUCAGCCUUGGAUUUGUAGGAAUACUGCAGCAUGGCUUCAUUUGGGAAUGAGAUGGAAAGGUGGGCUCACAGGCAAGGUGGCAGAAGUGGGACGGUGGUAGAACCUGCGAUGUCCCCUGGAAAUGAUGAUCACCUUUUGCCAGUGAAGACGAUUGGCAGCACAGACCGUGCCCUGCAGCUCCCCAGAGGAGCAGACUCUGCAUACAGCUCUUUCUCAGGGGGCUCAGAGUGUCCCCCCCGCUCGUGCUGUGGGCAGUGCUGCCGUUUGCCCUACAUGGACUCGGAGUACGUCAGGGGAAUUUACAACCUCAGUGCUGCACCCCCGGAGCUCAGAGCCCUGCAGCCACACAGGGCAGCAGGGCUGAGCACCCCUCCCAGCUCUCCCAGCCCCAGCCUCCCCGAUCGCUGUGGAACCGCUCCCACCCGAGGGACUUCAAAUCAGGGCCCUCCGCCCCUGGCAGCACCUCCACCUUCCCCUCCCACACGGCUCCACAGCUACAGCAUCACCAGACACCGUGAGCACUCAAGAGGGGGACACAGCUCUGGAGGGCACAGUGAGUGGAAGGCGCAGCCAGCUCCUGGUGUGCAGGACAGUCAGCUGGCACACAGGGAUGCACCAGGGAGCCAGCACUGGGAUGGACUUACAGAGAGAGACGUACGGCCUGCUGGGGAAAAGACUCUGGAAAACAAGGGCCUUUCCUCUGAUUCUACAAAUGAGGUAUUUAUAUCAAAUGUUCAGGGGUUAAAGACAGGGGGAAAUGGAGAGUGGAGCCCACCCCAACAACCUACAAAGAGAAGCAAUCCACACAUUUUCAGCAGACCUUCUUCGUUCAUUUUUCAAGAGUAUUUAAAGACAGACUCUGUGGCAAAUGUGCCCAAAAUACUUUCUGCUUAUAAUUCAGUUCAUGCUUAUAGAAUUCCCAACGAGAGGAACUCCAAGUCCUAUCACCCAGCACAUUCCAAGCCCACCACUGUUAAUGAUCCACAAGAAGUCAAACAGUGUCCCUGUGGGGUGCAGGAGCCAACUGCCAGAGGAGAGACUCUGCCAAGCACCGUGCCAGGACCCAGCCAGAGAAAGGGGCCCUUGCCCCGUGCUCAGGACCUGCUCUGUGCCCAGCGGCAUCCAGAUGUGGAUCAGGAUGUGUUUGAGGACAGCUGUGACUUAAAAUAUAUGGAGAAUGCUCUCCUAAUUAAAAAUGCUUCCGGGAAGCUGAACAGUUGUACAGACAAAGAUCAGUGCUAUAAUUCUGAAGGAAAAAUUGGGAGAGGUGUCAGGGAGCCAGUCCUGAAUCAGCAAGCCAGAGUGCAGAGAUCAGCAGUGUCCUGCAGCUGCGAGGCUGUGGAAGCAGAGCACCCUCAGCACGAGGGGCUGGAUCAGGGAAGGGAGCAGUGCUGUGACACCAACAGCCACAUGGCUUUCUUCACACCAAAGAAAGAUUCCACAUCUCACUCAGUACGUGAAUCCCAGGAAGGAAAACAGCCCAAUAACAGCAAUCCUGACCUCAGCACGUGUCUGGAACAAGAGGAUCCUCCUGUUCAGAAACACCAACCUGAAUUCCAAACCAAGCUCUCAAGACAGCUGUGGGAGGACUGUGCUGGUGAACAAAUAACCAGGCAGAUGACUCCCAUGCUUUACUAUCUUUCUGGGGGAACCAGCGAUGUCCCACACCCCAGCCAGCUCCCCCACAGCCAGGAGGACUCCAGGAGGUCACCGAAGGCAAUCCCUUCCAGCGGCUGUGCUGCCUCAGCACAGCGUGUGGAGGUGCCCAGGGAAAGCCCUCAGUGCCAGGGGCCCAGCCAGCACCUCAGGGGCAGUGCUGACCUCCUGCUCCUGAGCCAGGACCUCACCCUCGGCAGCCCCGCUUCACUCACUGAGGAGAGCUUCAAGAACGACUACAGAGAGAAGCUGAAAGUGGCUCAGAAAAAGGUUCUUAAAGAAACCUCCUUUAAGAGAAAAGACUUGCAGAUGAGUUUGCCUGUCAGACUGAGACAGAAACCCUCGAAAAGGCCAUCAAUUGAACACCUUCGGUCUUUCUCGUUGUCCGGUGCAAACGAGGAUGCCAAACCUGUUCUUUGCUCCCCUUCUCAUCUACAAUCAUUGGAAAGUUUCAAUAAAGAUGAAGAAAUACAGAAGCCACAAACAGGUCGAGUAGGGGGAAGGAAAAGGGUAACCAAAGAGGAAAAGAAACUGUGCUAUUCUGAGCCUGAGAAGCUCGAUCAGCUAAUGGAUAAGGAAGUAUCUUGGAGUCAAGUUAGGGAUGAAAUCACUGAGCAAGAUAUUGUGGCAGCCGGGAGAAGGGGUCUGGAGAACGGAGGAAGGGCACUUUCCAGUUCCAGUAUCUCCAGGACAGAGCUGAAACAAAUCCAGCACACUGCACUGAUGGAAUACAUGGAGAGAAAGAUCAGUCAGAGGCCAGGUGGUUCACAGCAACUCCCUCUGCAUCAGCCACCCCUGCAGAAGAGGCUGUCACAUCCCAGAGGGCCUCCUGGCAAGACUUCCAACCCAAGUGGGAGCAGUAAGAUGCAAAAUGAUGAGGUUUUCCACCAAGUUUUCUCUAGGGAAAAAUCACCAGAUGUUUUUCCUGCCUUGGCUUUUGCUGCCGUGCCGAGCGUGAGCAGCAGGGGUGAUCCCAGCAGAGCACAGGGGAGCUGCACCAGCAACUGUCCUGCAGCUGAAAGGCUCCCACAGGCAGGUGAUGCUGCAUCUGGGAGAGCUCCUGACAGACCACAAUCCACUCCUCCUUCCCCACGGGACAUGUGCAGAUGUGCCAGUGGUGCAGCAGCACCGUCCCAGAGCUGCGAGGGCUGUGCCAGCUCCCCCAGUUUCCAUGAUCCUCAGGAAGAUGGAUCCAAGAAUUGUGGACGUAAUGACACCACUGGACAUGCAUGUUUUCAGGAUACUGAGGAGCUGACUCCUGAAACCUCUAUUCCUAUCCCAGGAAGUGGAAGCGAGGAAGGUGCUGGAGUGGAGGAGGAAUGCAGAUCUCAGUCUCCGAGUGGGAAUGCUGCCCUAAAGCCUCUAGAGCAGCAUCCUGCAGCUUCUCCAGAGCAGCAUCCUGCAUCUUCUCCAGAGCAGCAUCCUGCAUCUUCUCCGGAGCAUCAUCCUGCAGCUUCUCCAGAGCAGCAUCCUGCAUCUUCUCUAGAGCAGCAUCCUGCAUCUUCUCUGGAGCAGCAUCCUGCAUCUUCUCCGGAGCAGCAUCCUGCAGCUUCUCCGGAGCAUCAUCCUGCAGCUUCUCCAGAGCAGGGAAGGGACCCCCCCCCAGCACUGCCUCUCCAAGGAGACAGAAAUGCAGCCCCAGGUCUCGCUGCACAGGAGGAUGCUGCCCUGGGGAGAGGGACUCACCUGCCCAGGAGGAGGCUGCGCUCUCCUCACGACCAGCGGCACCGGGAGCUGGCGCUGGAGAUCGUUGCCAAGGACAGGUCUCUGGUGGACGUUCUGCUGCCUCAUCCUGACAGGAAAACUGCUUUGGACCUGAUGGAGGGUUUGUUUCCUGUUAACAUUUGCAUGCUGGAUAAAUCCCACGGGGAAGAGGGCAGCCUACAGCACGUGCAGGAGAACGAGAAAAGUCAUAGAGAUGGCCCAGAAGAAUGUCCUGAUUCUGAACAUGAAGCCAAACCAAGGAGCAAAGAAUCUACCUCUGAGGGACACCAAGUCCUGACCAGGAGCAGGGACAGCACAGACGACCCAGAUGACAUCACAUCUAAGAAACUGGAGCUCAUGGGCAGCCUCCGGGCCAGGCUGCAGAGCCUGUGGGAGGAGCGGGAGCUGGUCCUGCAGGAAUCCAGGGAAUGCGCCGAGCGGGGCCGGGCACUGGAGGCCACGGUGCGGGACCUGUGCAAGCCCAACGAGUUCCAGCGCUACCUGAUGUUCAUCGGGGACCUGGAGAAGGUCGUGAGCCUCCUCCUGUGCCUGUCCAGCCGCCUGGCCCGGGUCCAGAACGCCAUGAGCAGGAUGGACGGCAGCACAGCGGAGGAGAAGCACUCGCUGAGCGCACGGCACGAGCUCCUGUCUGGGCAGUGGGAGGACGCCAAGGACCUGAAGGACAACCUGGAUCGCAGGGAACGGGUGGUCUCUGGAAUCCUGGCCAAAUACCUGACGGAGCAGCAGCUCCAGGACUACCGACACUUCGUUCAGGUCAAGACCUCCUUGCUGAUUGAACAGAAGGACCUCGAAGAGCAGAUUAAGUUUUUCGAAGAACAAUUAGAAACUCUUGAGCAAAGUCUCCCCCUCUGACACCCACCCCAGACUCUGGUGGUUGUGACCUGUCCCUGGAAAUCCGCAGGCACCCACGGCACAGGGCUCACUUGGGUGAGUUCUUCCAGCCCUGCUGGUGCCACAGCACUGGCAGGUGCUCAGAUGCUGUGGGGGUGCUCCAGGUACACCCUGGACGUGUAUUCCACCUGGCCAGGCCCACUGACAGCGUCUCACAGUGUGCAGCAAACUGCCUUUGGGACGUGACUGACAGGAUAUGUUGCUCCUGUUAACUCGGCGGGUAUUUACCCUUGUUGUCUGUCCAUCUGUUCCUAGAUUGACACAAUCUCAAUAAAAGAACAAUACAAAAAUUUGCCUCCUGAGGGUGGGCUGAAUGUUUGAAAUGAAAAGCCAUGUGUGUGCUCAGAUGUGAGUGGGGGAUUGCACAGAGCCAUAGGAAAUGUUGUGGACCAUUGCAGUGAAAGUCCUGCUCUCGUUUCUGCUGUUCAGAUGUGUGACACAGUAAAAAUACACUGUAAUGGAAGAAAAUAAUUACUUCCUUUCUUGGCAGUUGCCAUCCCUGAGUCUUUCCUGGCUCUGUGCAAUCCUGGUAGGCUGUUCAGAGGAGGUCAGAAAAAGAGUGGUCCCCACCAACAUCAGAGAGCUGAUCUGUGAUGGAGCCAGCUUAAAUGAACAGUUUUGGGAAUCAUAAACUCUGAGCUUAUUCCUGCACAGUCAUUUGCAAAAAGCCCUUGCUGUGCUUUUGAAGUGUUUGAUUUUCAAGCAGCACAUUCAGGAGGUUGUUUUUGGGUAGUUUUCAGUUGUCAGCAUGCACAAGAAGCCUG